AUGGCGGCUGAGGCGGCGGCGGCGGUGGUGGCGCGGCUGCGGGCCCUGCCGAGCUCCCCCCCCGGGCUGGAGGCGCCGCUGGAGCCCGGGGCCGCGCUGCGGCUGCUCUGCACCCCCUCGCGCCCGCGCCUGGCGCUGCUCGAGUGGAUCUGUUGCCGCGUGAACCCUCCCCUCGCCAAGCGCUUGGAUGAGCUCCGGCAUGGGCCCGAGAGAGCGCGGCUGAGAGAGCUGGCGGCAUUGGCGGAGGAGCUGAUGCUGAGCGAGGCCGAGGACACAGCGCUGGUGGAGGGCACAGCACCCCCCGAGCAGCAGCUGGGGUUCAUCAGGGACCUGCUGGAUGCGGCCCCCUCCAGGGAGGAGGAAGAGGAAAAUGCUCGGAGCAGCAUCCUGCUCCGCGCCAGCACCUUCCUGCAGGAGGUCCUGGAGUCCCCCGAGGGGGUGGCGGUGCUGAACCCCCCCCCGCUGAGCCCCAGCCCCGGGACCCCCCCCGGGAACCCCCCACCCCGCCUGGGGGAGCUGGAGCUGGAAGCGGAGCUGGGGGAGGCCCAGAAGCACCUGGAGAUGAUGGAGGCCGAGGUGAGGGGGGGCAUGGGGGGGUUUGGGGGCGCCCAUUCGGGGGGCUGGGAGUGCCCAUUGGGGUGA